UGAAAACCAGGACACCUCCUCAUCCACAGGCAGGGAGACGGUGGGGUGGAGUACAGGAAGCGGCUGGCCCCGAAAAGCUAAACAUGGGAGCUAUCUAAUAGCGACAUAAAUCACUGAUUCCAUUUCCCUUUCUUUAUUUGUGGACCAGCGGAGAUUUGUGGUAAUUUUCUGCACUGAUUUGGAGAUUUAAGCGAGCGGCGAGAAGAUGUCUCGGGGAGUGAUCCAGCCCAGCCAGCAGAAACUGGCAGAAAAGCUCACCAUCCUCAACGACCGAGGCAUCGGGAUGUUGACCCGUGUUUACAAUAUCAAAAAGCAAGGACAAGUUUGGAAGGCAUGUGGCGAUCCCAAGGCUAAGCCCUCUUAUCUCGUUGAUAAGAACUUGGAGUCUGCUGUUAAAUUUAUUGUCAGGAAGUUCCCUGCCGUGGAGACACGAAAUAAUAACCAACAGCUGGCUCAGCUGCAGAAGGAGAAAUCAGAGAUCCUGAAGAACCUGGCUCUCUACUAUUUCACCUUCGUAGAUGUCAUGGAGUUUAAAGACCAUGUUUGUGAGCUGCUGAACACUAUUGAUGCUUGCCAGGUCUUCUUUGAUAUUACGGUGAACUUCGACCUAACCAGGAACUACCUGGACCUGGUGGUGACCUACACUACGCUAAUGAUCAUACUAUCUCGCAUUGAGGAGAGGAAAGCCAUUAUAGGACUUUACAACUAUGCCCAUGAGAUGACACAUGGAGCCAGUGACCGGGAGUACCCCAGGUUGGGCCAGAUGAUCGUUGACUAUGAAAACCCAAUGAAGAAGAUGAUGGAGGAGUUUGUUCCACAUGGAAAAUCCCUGUCGGAUGCAUUGGUCAGCAUGCAGAUGGUCUAUCCCAGGAGGAAUCUCUCCGCUGACCAGUGGAGGAAUGCUCAGCUCCUCUCUCUCAUCUCAGCCCCCUCCACCAUGCUCAAUCCUGCACAGUCAGACACUAUGCCUUGUGAAUAUCUGUCACUGGACACAAUGGAGAAGUGGAUUGUUUUUGGAUUCAUCCUGUGUCACGCGGUGCUGAACAGCGAUGCAGCGGCGCUGUCUUUGUGGAAACUGGCUCUGCAGAGCUCCACUUGCCUCUGUCUGUUCAGGGACGAAGUUUUCCACAUCCACAAAGCAGCAGAGGACCUGUUUGUGAACAUCAGAGGGUACAACAAACGCAUCAAUGAUAUCAGAGAGUGCAAAGAACAGGCCUUGUCUCAUGCAGGCUCCAUGCACAGAGAGAGACGCAAGUUCCUCAGAUCAGCUCUGAAGGAGUUGGCUACUGUUUUAGCUGAUCAGCCUGGACUACUAGGCCCUAAGGCCUUAUUUGUCUUCAUGGCGUUGUCAUUUGCCCGUGAUGAGAUCAUCUGGUUACUACGCCAUGCAGACAACAUCCAGAAGAAAAACACAGAUGACUUCAUAGACAAACACAUAGCCGAGUUGAUCUUCUACAUGGAGGAGCUCAGAGCUCAUGUCAGGAAGUAUGGUCCUGUCAUGCAGCGAUACUACGUUCAGUACUUGUCUGGUUUUGAUGCUGUGGUGCUGAAUGAGCUGGUGCAGAACCUGUCUGUGUGUCCAGAGGAUGAAUCUAUAAUCAUGUCUUCGUUCGUCAACACCAUGACCUCUCUGAGUGUCAAACAAGUGGAGGAUGGUGAGGUAUUUGACUUCAGGGGUAUGAGACUGGACUGGUUCCGAUUGCAGGCCUACACCAGCGUCUCUAAAGCCAGUCUUGGUAUUGCUGAUCACAAAGAGCUUGGUAAAAUGAUGAAUACCAUCAUCUUCCACACGAAGAUGGUGGAUUCUCUGGUGGACAUGCUGGUGGAAACGUCUGACCUGUCCAUCUUCUGCUUCUAUAGUCGCGCAUUUGAAAAGAUGUUCCAGCAGUGCCUGGAGCUUCCCUCCCAGAGCCGACAUUCCAUCUGCUUUCCUCUGCUCUGCACACACUUCAUGUCCUGCACCCAUGAGCUCUGCCCUGAGGAGCGUCACCACAUAGGCGAUAGAAGCUUGUCAUUGUGCAAUAUGUUUCUGGACGAGAUGGCCAAACAGGCCCGAAACCUAAUCACUGACAUCUGCACUGAGCAAUGUACACUUAGUGACCAGCUGCUUCCUAAGCACUGUGCGAAAACCAUCAGCCAAGCUGUAAAUAAGAAGAGCAAGAAGGCGACGGGGAAGAAAGGCGAGCCGGAGAGGGAGAAACCCGGAGUGGAGAGCAUGAGGAAGAACAGACUGCUGGUCACCAACCUGGACAAACUCCACACAGCGCUAUCUGAACUCUGCUUCUCCAUCAACUAUGUCCCCAACCUGAUGGUGUGGGAGCACACGUUCACACCAAGAGAGUAUCUCACCUCCCACCUGGAGAUCCGAUUUACCAAGUCCAUCGUGGGCAUGACCAUGUACAACCAGGCUACUCAGGAGAUAGCCAAGCCCAGCGAGCUGCUGACCAGUGUCCGGGCCUACAUGACUGUGCUGCAGUCUAUAGAGAACUAUGUGACCAUCGACAUCACCCGGGUCUUCAACAACGUUCUCCUGCAGCAGACGCAGCACCUGGACAGUCACGGGGAACCCACCAUCACCAGUCUCUACACAAACUGGUACCUGGAGACAUUGCUCCGACAGGUCAGUAACGGACACAUCGCCUACUUCCCUGCUAUGAAGGCCUUUGUCAACCUGCCAACUGAGAAUGAACUGACUUUCAAUGCUGAGGAGUACUCGGACAUCUCUGAGAUGCGUUCCCUCUCGGAGCUGCUGGGGCCAUACGGGAUGAAGUUCCUCAGCGAGAGCCUUAUGUGGCACAUCUCAUCGCAGGUCGCUGAGCUGAAGAAACUGGUGGUGGAGAACAUGGAGGUUUUGACCCAGAUGAGGACAAGCUUUGACAAACCAGAUCACAUGGCAGCGCUCUUCAAGAAACUCACCUCUGUGGACAGUGUGUUGAAGCGAAUGACCAUCAUUGGCGUGAUCCUGUCCUUCCGCUCCCUCGCUCAAGAAGCCCUCCGAGAUGUGUUAUCCUGUCACAUUCCUUUCCUGGUCAGUUCUGUGGAGGAUUUCAAAGACCACAUUCCUCGAGAAACAGACAUGAAGGUGGCCAUGAACGUUUACGAACUGUCAUCAGCUGCAGGUUUACCAUGCGAGAUCGACCCGGCUCUGGUUGUGGCUCUGUCCUCACAAAAAAGCGAGAACAUCAGUCCAGAGGAGGAGUACAAGAUCGCCUGUCUGCUGAUGGUGUUCGUGGCCGUUUCACUGCCAACGUUGGCCAGUAAUGUGAUGUCCCAGUACAGCCCUGCUAUUGAAGGCCACUGUAACAACAUCCACUGCCUGGCUAAAGCCAUCAACCAGAUUGCAGCUGCUCUCUUCACCAUCCACAAGGGAAGCAUAGAGGACCGUCUGAAAGAGUUCCUGGCUCUGGCCUCGUCCAGCCUGCUGAAGAUCGGCCAGGAGACCGAUAAGAUGACCACACGCAACAGGGAAUCUGUCUAUUUGCUGCUGGACAUGAUCGUGCAGGAGUCGCCCUUCCUCACCAUGGACCUGCUGGAGUCCUGUUUCCCCUACGUCCUGCUGCGUAACGCCUACCACGCUGUGUAUAAACAGAGCAUCAGCGCUAACGCAUAGACACCGCUAUCAUCCUGCUGUCUGUCCUGCUGCAGCAGCAAAUACACACUAACGACAAACUAAACACACUAAACUAUGCGUGCAAAGCCUCAACGUACUAUCUCGACAGCGAAAACUGUGCCGGUAUGAGCACAAAAGCGUUGACACACAAGACGAAGCAUUUAAACACUAAAUACAGAACAAAUACACUGAGCGCCAAAAGAACUUGCAGAACAUCUACAACAAUUGCACAAAGAUCAGGACAACACUACAAUUAGACAGAUGCGACACAGAUAACACUAGCUGGAUCAAGUUGGGAUCAGUGUUUUUAUUUUAAUCAUUGUACUUUUUCCAUGAUGUUGCCAGGGACCAUAACCAUAGCAACGCAUAAUAAACCAGACGUUUGGUUGGUAUAGAAGAACAAAAUAUAAAUAUAUAGUAUAUAUAUAGUUGAACCUGAAAUAUUCUUUUUGUUUUCUUUUUGAUGAGCUUUGAGGUCUGGAGCGGCCAGCUGACAGCUUGUACGUGGUGGCGGUUUGGAUGCUUGUUUUUGGGAAUGCAAAUGGUUCUGACGUAUUGUGGGUUUUCUUCUUUUGCUUUUCUGAAGGGCGGCGGCUGAGGACUCAUACUAAGACGUGUUGCUUGUUAAUGUUUACACAUAUUUACAUACACAGGAGCUGAUGUAAAACAACAUACACACUAAUCUUCCAGCAUUUCAUAGUGAACACACAAACUUGUGUAACAUGGUGAUAUUUUCUUUUUUUUUCUAGCUAGUUGUAACAUGAACUUUUUGUGGGUGAAGACAUAAUAUCUGUAUUCUACUUUGAUGUGAACUGAACUCGUCUGUUUUUAAUGUUUUUGUUAUUUUUAUGACGACAAUGAUGAUGAUGAUGACGACAAUUUGCCAAAUGUGCUGACACUAAACAUUGUGUAUCAGGGCUUGGACGUGGUGGCGUGUUUGGGUCUUAAUGGGUGAAAUAACAGAUGAACCUGCUCGGUGGCAACAAGCCGCAGUAAAGACACACCCGCAGUGCAUCUGCAACAAAUUCCCCCACUGCUGUUUUUUACCCUCCUCAAUAAGACAAACUCCAGUAGGUGUGACGUAGUGAAGCCAGUACUGAAUAGGAUUGAAGUCUUAAGGAAUCCCGUCUUCUAAACUUCCACUUUCCUUUUAUUGGGGAAAGUUUUCCUUGUUCUCACAUUUUUACACCGUGGUCGUUCUCCCGUAGCAGCUGUGUAACUGUGCCUUGCUUAAAGGCACAUCAGCAGCAGCUGUUGAGUGUGCAUCUGCACUUUGUAGAUGGACCAGCAAGGUAGAGAUAGACUCUAGUGGAAGCGGUUCUACUGCAAAUCCUCCUCAGCAUCUGGUGAAGAGACAGAAACCUGCAAUAAGACGGUGGAUUUGUAAACAGCAGUUCAAGGGUCAAACUUUAGUGACGUUUCUAUGUGAGCAGUUCCAUUUAUGUUGGUUGUCUGGGACCUUUUAGGGCAGAUGACAGCUUUUACUAAGUGCAGUCUGAUUCAUUUUAGUUCUUAAUCGAGGCUUGGCAAGGGCUACAUGGCACACACACACACACACACACACACACACACACACACACAGACAAAUGCUCCUUUCAUGCCAGCCCUCUGCUAAUGUGUGCGUCCAGGCUCUGUCUGAGGCUCGUACUGCAUCCUACUCAGUGCUGUAAGUACCAUUUAUAGCAUGUAGCAGGAACACACUGAGGUCUAGUAAAGGAAGCGGGUUCUACUCGGUUUCUAGUGGUAGCGUGCGUUACAGGCCCGAGGACAGAUCUGUGGACACAUUCUGCCAUUUGAUGUGGAAUGGUUGCUGUUCCUUUCUAAUUUCUUCUUUUUAUGUCUCUGAUUCCACCGUGUAACUUAAAUGAUUAAAUGAAUUAAAAUAAACUUUAGGGCUGUGUCAGA